UCUCUCUCCAAGAAAAGACUCUUCACUAUCUGUAGCAGGGAACUAUAGCCAUACCGCUUUGUUUACAAGGGCAGAGGAGCUGUUGGCGAAGAGGAUCAUAGAUGGAGAUCCUCUGGCAUAUUUUCUACAAGGGCAGCUGUACUUUGAAGAGGGAUGGUAUGAAGAAGCACUUACACAAUUUGAAAAAAUCAAGGAGACCGAUUUUCAGGCUCUCUAUCAGCUGGGUGUAAUGUAUUAUGAUGGAUUGGGGACCAAAGAAGAUCCAGAAAAAGGAAUCGAGUACAUGAAAAUAAUCAUCAACUCUAACUCCCAUAAAGCAAGACAUUUAAAAUAUGCUGCUGCAUACAAUCUUGGCAGAGCUUAUUUCGAAGGAUGUGGUGUUACGCAUUCAGAUAAAGAAGCUGAAAGGCUGUGGGUUAUUGCUGCAGACCAUGGGAAUCCAAAAGCAAGCGUAAAGGCUCAAACUACUCUGGGAAUGUUUUAUUCUACAUCAAAUCCAAAAGAUCUGAAAAAGGCAUUUUUUUGGCAUUCAGAAGCUUGUGGCAAUGGAAGUUUGGAGUCACAGGGUAUACUUGGUGUUAUGUAUCUUUAUGGACAAGGCAUACGUCAAAAUACAAAGGCUGCUUUGGAGUGCCUGAAGGAAGCAGCAGAACGUGGAAAUGUCUAUGCUCAAGGCCAUCUUGUGGAAUAUUACUACAAAAGAAAAUUUUAUACAAAAGCUGCUGCAUUUGCCAGAAGCACUGUAGAUGUUCUUGGCCCAGAAGACUGCCAGCAGUUGUUACAUCAAGCAUCAGUAUCAUCUUUGCUCCUAUCCAAGUGCCUUUCCAGGAUCACAGAAAAUGAUAACAUUGCUAUGUUAGCAAAGAUAACCGAUUGCCUUCCUGUAUACAUAGCCAAAGGGGUUGCUAUGGCAGCUUUCUACUUUGCUAGAUGUCUCCAGUUUGGCCUGGGCAUACAACAAGAUCAAGUUGCAGCUAAAAAAAAUUAUUCUAGGCCCAUUCCAUCUCUGUUCAGAGAGCCAACAAGGGUGCCAAAUGAAAAGAUGGGCAUCCAUUCUCGCACUUCAUUUCACACCAAAGAGCCAUCAGGCAUGCCUUCUGGAUCCUGAUGUAGCUUCUGACCUUGAAUUGGCAGCUAAUCAUGGGAGAAUUUAGAACAUUUCACAUUUAGCCAACUCUCAGCUGUUUCCAAUGCUGUUUCACAUAGUAGGCCAUGUUUACCUAGAGCAGUUAGGUAGAUAAUCACCUAUUUAUUUGUUUUUCAGCUUUUUAUAAAUCAUGAUAAUUAUGUAGUAUUUGUUGAUUAGAACAUAGACCAUUUUGCUGACAGUGAUUUUUUGUUCAUAACUCUUACUUUACAUAUACAUUGUAGAGGCAGAUUAUCUUCCUUUUUUCAUUUUACAGAAAUGAACUGGGCACUUUAUUGACACAACUCACCUGUAUAUCUUUCUUCAACUCUGCUAAAAUCGAACUAAAAUCAACUUGUUAAAAGAAAUCAUUCUUAAUGUCAAUUUUCUUUACUUACAAAUAUUAAAGAUCUUCAGGGUCAGCAAAAUCUUAAGAUUUCUGAAAUGCUUGUUCUUAAAAAUAGUGUCCUUUUUCAUAUUCAUUCUAUUUACAAGUUAUAUCAUACAUUUAAAUAAAGUAUUUUGUAGUGGAGUCA